CCCCAGAACCGGAACCGGGAACCCGGAACCGGGUCCCGGAACCGGCCCCGGGACCCCAAACCGGCCCCGCCAUGGACCCGGAACCGGAGCCGAAUCCCGGAGCCGCCACCGACCCGGUCCCGGUACCGGCGGGGAAGCGGCGGCGCUUCACGGUCCGGCAGGAGGGGCCCGACGAACCCCCGGUCCCGUCGCUGUUCAGAGCCUCGGCCGCGCCCCCCCCGGGCCCGGUACCGGUUCCGGUGCCGGUUCUGGUCCCGCCCGGUCCCGGUUCUUACGCUGAGUUUGUGGUGCGGGGCUCGGGGGGCACCGGGACGGACCGGGCCCGGAACCGGAAUCGGAACCGGGACCGGGACCAGAACCGGGACCGGGAUCAAACCCAGAACCGGGACCAGAACCGGGAUCAGAACCGGGACCGGGAGCAGAACCGGGACCAGAACCGGGAUCCGAACCGGGACCAGAACCGGGCCCGGGAUCCCGGACCCACCGGAACCGGCCCCUCAGGACCCCUCCUGACCCCCGGGGACCAGAACCGGGACCGGAACCGGGACCAGGACCUGAACCGGGAUCCGAACCAGGACCGGGAGCAGAACCGGGACCAGAACCCGAACCCGAACCGGAACCGGGAUCCGAACUGGGACUGGGAGCAGAACCGGGAGCAGAACCGGGACCGGGAUCCGAACCGGGACCAGAACCGGGAUCCGAACCAGGACCGGGAGCAGAAUCGGGAUCCGGACCGGGACCAGAACCGGGAUCGGGAUCAGAACCGAGACCGGGACCGGAAGCAGAACCGGGACCGGGAUCCGAACCGGGAUCCGAACCGGGACCAGGAGCAGAAUUGGGACCAGAACCGGGACCAGAACCGGGAUCAGGAUCCGAACCGGGACCGGGACCCGAACCGGGACCAGAACCAGGACCGGGACCAGAACCGGGACCAGGACCAGAACCGAGACCGGGACCGGGAGCAGAACCGGGAUCCGAACCAGGACCGGGACCCGAACCGGGAUCAGAACCGGGACCAGAACCAGAACCGGGACCAGAACCGGGAUCCGAACCGGGAGCCGCUGGGUCCCCUCCCGGUGCUCCGGCCGGGCACGCGCAGCAGCAGCAUCGUCGUCAGCCCGCGCCAGCGCGGCAAUCCGGUGCUGCGCUUCAUCCGCAGCGUCCCGUGGCACUUCGGUGACGUCGUCCCCGACUACGUCCUCGGCGCCACUGCCUGCGCCCUCUUCCUCAGCCUCAGGUACCACCAGCUGCACCCCGGGUACAUCCACGAGCGGCUGCGGGAGCUGGGCCGGAGCUUCGGCCUCCAGGUGCUGCUGCUGCAGGUGGACGUGCGGGACCCCCAGCGCUCCCUGCAGGACCUGGCCAAGGUGUGUCUCCUCACCGACUGCACCCUGCUGCUGGCCUGGAGUGCGGAGGAGGCCGGGCGGUACCUGGAGACCUUCAAGUCCUACGAGCAGAAACCUCCAGAUCUGCUGAGGGAGCGCGUGGAGCCCGACUUCCUGUCACGGGUGACCGACUGCCUGACCAGUGUCAGAGCCGUGAACAGAACGGACGCGCUGAGCCUGAUGGGGACAUUCGGGUCGAUGGCAGCAGUGGCGGCCGCGUCCCCUCAGGAGCUGUCGCUGUGUCCCGGAGUGGGGCCGCAGAAGGCCAAGCGACUCUUCGAUGUCCUGCACGAGCCGUUCCUCAAGAGCCCCCGAUGAGCCCC